GGCACUUUUUAACUAGUAGUGGCACUUUUUGACUAGUAGUGGCAUCUGCUGGCAACUGCUGGCAAGUGCCACUGAGUAGCUGUGGCAACUACUGGCAAGUGCCACUGAGUGCCAGCGUCGCUAGGGGGAUCUCGCCCCUACUGUUUUCAGGAGCAGCUGCUAACUAGCAUUGAGCCUCAUCUUCAAACAUGCUGUGAUUCAUUCAGCUGGCAGGUUUGGAGGACAGCGAUGGCAGUGUGUGCACUGACCAUGCUGGACGGGAUGGAGCAGGAGGUGACGGCAGCAGGCGGCGUGUUGCUCCUGGUCCUGGCGCUCGCCUUCGCGUGGCUCUCAACCCAUGUGGCCGACCGGGGAGACCACAUCCUGGGCACCAUCCUCACCGUGGGAGCUCACGCCUCUCUGAUCGGACUCGGAGGCCACGACAGCUACAGCGUGGGAUCUCCCAACGCCGACGACCCGGAACAGCAGACUCCCCCGCCGUCUCAGGAGAACAAGCCGGAUGACAGCGAGCCGUCGUGUGAGAGGGGGGAGGGGGAGGAGACCGGGGAGGCGGCUGAGGGUGUUCGGACUGACCUCCUGCUGGACAUACGAAGCAAACAACCACAGGCUGGAAGACUGCAUGCUUCAGAUGACGAGGAAGACGAAGAGGAGGAUGAGGAGGAGGAGGAGGAAGAUGAAAAGAUUCUCAAGCAUAUCCCUGUGUUGUCCAGCAUCAUCUCCGCCCCCACCAACACUGUCACUUCCAUCUCUGUCCGCCUGAAGUAUCUGAAUGACACGGAGGAGCUCGCGGUUGUCGAACCACAGGAUACAGUGGGAGUGCUGAAGAGUAAAUACUUCUCGGGUCGGGAGCACCAAAUCAAGUUCAUCUACCAAGGCCAGCUGCUGCAGGAUCCCAAGAAGACGCUCCUCGCCCUGAACAUCAAACACAACAGCGUGAUCCACUGCCACGUGUCCCAGGCGCUGCGCGAGGCCACGCCCGAGGACGGGGCUGGGGCCGGGGCGGGCGUCGGCUCCGGGGUCUCUGGAGGGGUCAGGGCCGCUGGCGUGGCCAUCAGCACCAGCAGCCUGGUGGUGCCCGUGUUUGUGGUGAUACUGGCCGUGGUGUGGUACUUUCGCAUCAACUACAGGCAGUUCUUCACCGCCCCUGCGACCAUCUCCCUCGUGGGAGUCACUGUGUUCUUCAGCUUUCUGAUAUUUGGGAUGCACAGCCGCUGAAAAGGCAGCGAGCGUGCACACACACACACACACACACACACGAAUGUUGCCGCCUGGAGAGAUUGAACCAAUCAAAAUGGGUCAUCGUGCAGAUGCCACAGCUGAUUGGAUGAAAGGCUGGGUGGGCCCAUCUGCGCAUGAACCAAGAUUAAACGAUGCGCAAUUGUACAGUAUAUGUUGAGUUGAUAAUACUCCGCAGUGAGUAAAGUUCAGCUGCAAUUGAACUUGACUUUAGCUCCUCUCCAAACACGACUUAGUGGUACACACUAAGUUUAAACACUCGGCUUUAUUCAUGUCCGCUCUUUUAUUGUUGCGAAAGAUUCAUGUUUUCUUGUUCGUCUUUGUUUUUAAGGCCACUGUUUGUGUCCACAAAUAUAAUUAACUUUAUAGAUGCCAGAAUCUGAAAUAUUUUGGAACCACUCACUGUUGUGCUGUUUCUAAGUACCGUUAUUUUGCGUUGCAUGGAAGUCAAGCUCCGUGUCGGCACAUGUGGACUGCACAGCUGCCUCGUUACCAGGCUGUAAAGGCUCAAAAACUGUUGCUAUGUAGAAAUAAGCUAAUUUAAAUAAUCACUAGACAUGAAAAUAAGACUUUGAAAAUAUAUUGUAAAUAUAUUGUGUAUUUUCUGUAAAUAAAAUGAUAGAAUGAAUCAGAUGGACCUGCAUCUGGCACUUAAAGAUUUGGAGGGGGCUGUGAAAACCCUCCUGAUCACGCUGGACUGCGCUGGCUUCAGUGACGUCUCAAAUUAAAGCAUUUCAAACCAAA